CCAAAAAAACUCAAGAGACGAAAAAAUAAUCUCUUAAGCAUUAGGUUUUAUCUACAAAAGAAAUCACAAACUAAAGUAAAAAGUAUGGGGAACUGUUUAGUAAUGGAGAACAAAGUGAUAAAGAUAAUGAGAAACGAUGGGAAAGUAGUUGAAUACAGAGGACCCAUGAAGGUUCAUCACAUCCUCACCCAAUUCUCUCCUCACUACUCCCUCUUUGACUCUCUCUCCAACAAUUGCCAUCUUCAUCCACAAGCCAAGCUUCUCUGUGGUCGUCUCUACUAUCGUUUGCCCAAGGAGACGACCACAACCAAGAAGAACAUGAAGACGAUGAAGAAAGUCAGAUUUGCAAUUCCAGAGGUGGAUAAAGAAGAAGAAGAAGACGAUAGAUUAACAAAUUGUGGUGACAACACCAAGGAGAAGACUAAUGGAGUUGUGAGAGUGAAGAUGGUUGUAAGUAAGCAAGAGCUUGAGAAGCUGCUUCAAGGAGGCUCAGUUCAUGAUAUGGUUUAUAGGACUCUUGCUAAGCAACAUCUUUGUGAUGAUGAUGGUGACGAUGAUGAGUGUCAUAAAGGAUGGAGACCUUUGUUAGAUAGCAUUCCUGAAACUAAUUAACCCAUAGGAUGUUCAUAUCUACAUAUAUAUAUAUAUAUAUGUGACAUAUACUUAUAUAUAUACAUACAAUGAUAACAGAGACUCAAAGCUUGUUCAAGAGAAAAAAGAAACACAUGUAAUUCCCAGAUACACUGUUCCAACUUCCAAGUGUAAUACAUGCAACCUCUUUUGUAGAAAGUUCAAAGUUUGUAUCCAAACAAAAAAAUGGGAAUUUGUUAAGAUGGAAUUGUCCUAAAGGUAAAAGG